CGUAUUUAAAGCCCUGGCUUCAGUUGCAGCAGUAGCAGCGGACAACCUAUGCAACAAAAGCUUGCUGCAGAACCGAGCAACUGUCCGACCUCUUGAGCGGACAGAAACACGGAGCCGGCGGCUGACACGACCCGGCGAGGUACGACUGCAGGGCUAAAGAUUGCAGCCUGGACUAAAACGAAGACGUCUCAACGACAUUUAUGAAGCUUUCAAGGCCUUUUGAUUGAUCAGCCAAUCGAUGGGGAUUCUCAGAGGAGCUCCGCCUACCUUUGCCACCUGCCCUACUCCACCACCUCCCCCCCCCUCACCCUGCAGCCACUUCCUCACUGUCCGCUCUGUCUCCCAGCUCUCCAUCCAGCCUUUCUCCAUACACAAAAUGACUCUGGAACUCACCGAAUGGUCCUCAAUAUGGAUUUGUACAGCUUGUAAUAGACAGUAAGAGAAAGAGGGAGAAACCUCAAUGACAGAAAAGCCAUAAUCAUACAUACACCACACAUACACACAAUACAUAACACACACACACUCACACAAACAAGCAAGUAAACACUGACAGAUUAUUCUCAAUAAUACACACAAAAAGGAGCAAACGCACCAACCUGCUCUUGGAAUGUAACACAUACGCUUCCUGUGAAAAUGUAAACACUUUGUCUGAUUUCUUGAUUUUCGACAAGCCUUCUGGAAAGCUGAUUUUAUUUUUUCUUAACUCUGGGGAUUAAAACAAAAAGGCCAGAGGAGGAUUAAAGCCUGUUGGAUUUGGAGCUGCAAUAUUUUUCGUUGGACAACUUGAUUUUCAGGUGACUUUUUUUUUCUAAAGGAUAACUCGUUUCUGAUCUUUUUUGUUUCUUUCUUUUAACAUUAAUGGAUCUAUACUAGAUCUUGUUUAAAUAACCUAGGGUCCUUUUUAAACAGGACACAGUUUUAGAUAUAAUCAUUUACCUAGAUUGCUGGGACACUAUCUGUUACAGAGUCUUAGAAAAAUGUGUAACUUGUAAAGAUUGUACUUGCGUUACUUCCAGAAAGUCACUACUUCUUGAAGUUACUACAAAAGAACGGAUACAUCCAAUUUUUUUUUUAAACUACAGGUCAACUCUAGAUUUUUUUGUUUGUACGGAGAGGUGCACUUGUUUUUCCCAUCGCGUGCAUGCCCUCCAACAUGCCUCCCCAGAACACAGAGGCUGACACCAUGCAGGUCGGAUCUGUGGUUGGCGGGGUCAAUGCCAAAAACUCCAAGACAUCGGGCUCGGACGAGGAGAAGGGAGGAGCAGCCGGCGAGACGGAUGGAAAGGGAGGAGGAGGGGGAGGAGGCCAAGGAGCGGAGGAGUCGGCGAGCGAGGGAUCUGUAGAAGGCAUCCCCCUGAAGAGAUGGGUGAUGCACGGGGCUGUGAUGUUUGGACGGGAGUUCUGCUACGCCAUGGAGACAGCGCUGGUGACGCCGGUUCUGCUGCAGAUAGGUCUUCCAGAGCAGUACUACAGUCUGACGUGGUUCCUCAGUCCUGUUCUCGGCCUCAUGUUCACUCCUCUGAUCGGCUCGGCCAGCGACCGCUGCACGUUGCGCUGGGGCAGGAGGAGGCCCUUCAUCCUGGCUCUGUGUAUAGGAACUCUGUUAGGAGUGGCUCUGUUUCUAAACGGAUCGCUGAUAGGUCUGUCCAUGGGUGACGAGAAGGGGAGACAACCAAUAGGGAUUGUCCUCACUGUGCUUGGGGUGGUGGUGCUGGACUUUUGUGCAGACGCCACAGAGGGACCAAUCAGAGCAUAUCUGCUGGAUGUGGCCGACACGGAGGAACAAGACAUGGCGCUCAACAUCCAUGCCGCCUCAGCAGGUCUUGGUGGUGCAGUGGGUUAUGCUCUUGGAGGUUUGGACUGGACACACACCUUCCUUGGAGCAAUCUUCAGGUCCCAGGAACAGAUCCUGUUCUUCUUUGCUGCCGUUCUCUUCUCUAUCUCUGUGGUGUUGCAUCUCUUCAGCAUCGAGGAGCAGCAGUACUCAUCCCAUCAUGACCGAAUCGAACAGGAGAGUCCAGAUCGCACCAACCCGCCACCAUCAGCAAACGGUAGGAAUGGACUUCUGGCCCCCAAGCUGGAAUUGAUCGGAGAGGACGACACACUGGACAGCUACGACCUCUAUGACCCCUAUGGAGACGACCUGUCAGAGCGCGGGGAUAUGGACUUCCUGGAGGUGGAGCUUGUGAGAAGUAAAAGUGACAGUGUUCUCGCCAUGGCAGACGCCACUCUCGACCACAUGGACCAUGAUGCAUUGUUCCUCUGUCACAUAGAGCCUUCCAUCUUUACCGACCGCCUCUCACCCUACCACAGCUCCCCUCCAAUGACCGGUUCCUACUUCACCUCCAAUUACAACAAUCAGCCUUCCAAGUUUGGCAACAUCAGACGGAGCAGCAGCGCAGGCAGUCAAGACCUGCUCCGCCUCCAAACGAACAACCACCAAACACACGCUCCCACCGAAAGGGUCUCCCGCCUCUCGGCUUUCUUACAGGAAAUGGAGAAUGACGAUGGUCAGGAGGCGCUGCUGAACAACCAGCUCAAUGAGCAGAGGACACUGAACGGACGGCUGAUGGCCGGUGUAACCAAUGCUGAUGGAGACGACACUAACAGACUGAGCUCCAAAGGACAGGCCCAUCGAGCUGGAAUGGUCAAGGCUGCUAGUACAGGAGCCCCCAUGAGGCAGCCCCGUCACCGUCACACCUUCUACCGCCAGCCGUCCUGCACAUUUUCCUACUACGGUCGAGUCGGUAGCCAUCGCUACCGUUACCGCCGGGCCAACGCCGCCUUCCUCAUCAAGCCAUCUCGAAGCAUGAGCGACCUGUACGAAGUGGAGGAGAGACACAGGAGGAGGAGCAGACAGAGGAACAGGCACCGCAGUGGAAACACCAACUCUUCCAGCGGGGACACAGAGAGUGAAGAGGGAGAGGUUGAGACGACUGUGCGGCUGCUGUGGCUCUCCAUGCUGAAGAUGCCUCCUGAGCUGCUGCGACUGUGCGCCUGUCACCUGCUCACCUGGUUCUCCAUCAUUGCCGAGGCGGUCUUCUUCACUGAUUUCAUGGGACAAGUCAUCUACCAUGGAGAUCCUACUGCUCCUGCUAACUCAACUAUGCUUGAAAACUAUCACAAAGGAGUUCAGAUGGGAUGUUGGGGACUGGUUAUAUAUGCCAUGACUGCUGCUACAUGCUCAGCUAUUCUUCAGAAAUACCUCGACAACUUCGACCUGAGCAUUAAGAUCAUCUACAUCCUGGGAACGUUGGGUUUCUCAAUAGGAACUGCUGUCAUGGCAAUCUUCCCUAAUGUUUAUGUUGCAAUGGUGAUGAUCAGCAGCAUGGGCAUCAUCUCCAUGAGUAUCUCCUACUGUCCUUACGCUCUGCUGGGACAGUAUCACGAAAUGAAAGAGUACAUCCAUCACAGUCCUGGUAACUCUCGGAGAGGCUUUGGCAUCGACUGUGCCAUCUUAUCCUGCCAGGUGUACAUCAGUCAGAUCCUGGUGGCCUCGGCUCUGGGUGCUGUAGUGGAGGCAGUUGGCAGCGUCCGUGUCAUUCCCAUGGUGGCCUCUGGGGGAUCCCUCCUCGGAUUCUUCACCGCCUGCUUCUUGGUCAUUUACCCAACUCCACACAGCCGGGACGUGGACUCAUCCAAAGCUUCAGAGAAACGGGCUUUGACAAAGCCGGAAAAUCCCACCAGCAGUGAAGUGGCCGUGGUUAUCGAAAAACCGAGCUUCCUGAAACUAAACAAGUCCGGCAAGGCCACCACCAGCACUACAUCCUGUCACACGGAGAAAGAGUCUGCUCUGUGAUUGAUCGGCUACAUCGACAGACACGUUGCUGCAGAAGAAACUAAAUAAAUGUUUGAAUUACAGCCGAUGGAGAGACUGUGGGAUGUGCAGCAUCGUCCACAGUUGGUCAACUCUUUGUGUCUGUGCUUUCCUCUGACUGGCUUUUCUGCAUUGUUGAAGAAGGAAAAACAAAAUCUGCCAUGGGACCAAUUUAACACCAGACCAACAAACCCAACAUAUAAGCAAUCUGGUCCCAGUACCGUUCUAGCCGUCAUUGAAAUUCUUUUCACCUAACCCUCACAGAUAUCUGACUGAUCCGUUGUGGGUUGUCCAGAGGUGAGCGAUUCAUUGUUUUAAGGAGAGGUCGUUUCUGUCUCUCAGGGCCUGUAUGAGGUGCUACCGAGCCACCGCCUGGACAGGAAACUUCAGGGGACACACACACCAACUUACACACACACACACACACACACACACACACACACACACACACACACACACACACACCUCUUCAUCUGGGGGUCAACACAAUAAUCACAUAAACUCCUGAGUAACGAACAUUGUUGAUGAAAACAAGUCCUCGAAGCUGCAAUCAUUGAAAAUGCUGAAAAUUGUUCUUCCUCGAUGUGGAUUACGGUUGCUUGAAUCUUUGCUAACUUGAUGUGGAAGAUAAACGACGUGUGUGUGUUUCUGUUGACUUUGUUUCUCCAGUGAGGGCAUUGUGUUCACCAAAAUAAAGCCAACACACUUUGGCUUUGCGGGACUUUGACACCACUCUGCAUCUGUAGCUUUAAGACUCGAGAGACUUUUGGAAGUGGCAUUUUUUUUUUUUAUCUAAGAGCCUGGUCACUGAAAAAAAAAAAAGACAUGUUUGUUCCUGAUCACCCAAAUGGCUUGUGAAUGGAUUUUUUUUUUUUACUCAUAAAGUCUUUAAUUGAGCCUUAAGGAGGCUUUGCUCAGAAGUGGAGAGCAUGAGCGUAACGUUGCCUGUAUAUUCAGCCGAAAGGACAAACGUGGUCAAAUUCCAGGAAAGAAAGAGCAUAGAUGCAAUGAGCAAUGGCAUUCAAAUCCCAUAUAUUAUUGUCAUGACUUGUGAAGGGCCCAGAAAGAUGCUUCUCUUUGUUUUGAAUAAUCAGACUAACCUACAUGCUGCAGGAGCAGGAGAGAGACUAAUCAACCAGCAGACGAGAACAGGAGAGACAUGUGGAGUUGUUCUUUUUCUCUCUGCUUUUUCAUUUUCAUUUUAAAAUACUGUUAGCACAAUGUUUGUGUCGUAGUACACAUUGUUGAAGGGGUGUUAAGUGGCAGUAUGAAAAGGCUUGUUAUUGGAGCAGUGAUGGAGGAUUCAAGUUCCUAGUUUAGGCGUCAGACCUCUGCUAAUUCUAAUCUGUCAACAGAAGCCGAUAAACUUAUCUUCGAUGCUCAUUAUAUCUGAGUUUCAUACGCUAUAUUAAUGUCUAGAACAAGAGAAAGGGAUGAGAAAAAUUCUAUUAGUUCAAAGGAGUAAAAUGGGAUUUUGGGAAAUCCCUUUUAUUUACUUUGUUCUGCAGAAUUACAUCAAAAAAUGUAAAUCUCUUCUCUGUAUGCUAAAUAUGAAACUCCCCACAUUAGACAGUUAGCUUAGCAAAAAGACUUGAAACAGAAGGAAGUCGGUAUUUUAGCUUAAAAAAAAUGUCUUCCCUGUUUCUGUUUUCCUUUUUUUUUUAGCCUAACACCAUUUGGUUCUUGCUUCAUGUUAACCGUACAUGAUGGUAUCGAUCUGAUUCAAGAGUUUCCCAAAAUGACAGACUACUCCUUUAAAUGAAAAAACUUCAGAACAAAAUUUGAAUUGGUCCAGGUUUGGAGAUGCAUGUUUUAACCAUUAACUAAAGCCUUUUGUAACGUAUUGACAUCUGCUGUUUAAUUAGAGCAAAUAGCAGCAGUGUGAUACGUUUGGCUUCACUUUGGCCCUGUUUGGAUUUAUAACAACAAUCAGCUUAUAACAUAAAUAUUGUACUACAAUGGAGGGGCUAGAUGCAAGAUGCAUAAAUUAAAAACAAACUCCUUCCAAUCCUGAUAGAUUGUUUCAUAGAGCUGCACGUUUACGAAAAGAGUUGCAUUUAAAAAAAUCAUGCAUGGUGUCAUUGGUUUACUGAUAAACCAACCAGGCGUCUGUUAAUCAGUGAGGGGAGAGGGCUGUGUGAGGGUCAUUCAAGGAGAGCGGGGUGGUCUGUUGUGGUGAAAUCCUUUCUGUGUUUUUUAUUUCUGUCCUCCAUCUGUCAGGGGGAAAGGAGAAGGAUUUGGGUCAGUUUUCCUCUUGGCUCCAUCAGCAUACAUACAAACUUAAAGGAAUCCAAAUGUAAAGUGCAAGUGGGUUGAUUUACUAAUGAAAGCAGAUUUCAUGUCAGAGUGUAUUAAAGCAUUUAUGGAGAAGCUUAGUUUUUAGAAGAGGAUUCACUCACGACAAUGUGCUUAUUUCUUUCCCUUGGAGGCGUGUUGGUGCAGUUUUUAACUUUUUCUUUUUUUUAACAAAAUAGAUUCCAUUAUUUCAGGUACAUUCAGUCAGUCCCCGACCAGAACAGAGGAAGUGUUUUUGCUCUGUGACUCUGUUGCUAUGAUGGGAUCAUGACAAAAGACAAGGGGGUACAGAUGCAGGGUUCUGUAUGGUGUCUGUAACCACAUGGGCAAUAAAACAUUCUGGCUAAAUAAAUAGAUGCGAAACUUCACUUUAAGGACAGACAUGAAGCUUAAAAAAAACUUCUGUUUUGGAAGGUUUGCAUGCAAAAAUAGCAAUAUGCAUGUAUGCAACACCAAAGUAUGACUCUGUACAAAUCACUCAAGCUCUUUUCUUUAUUGUCCUAAUAGGUCAGGGAUGUAUUUUAUAAUGCAUGGCUGGAUGUUUGUGUCUUUCUGUUUGAACUUUACUGUGUAUAGAAAAACCAACAUGUACUUUUUAAGCUGAAGCAUUGUGCUCGGGCUGGGGGAGUACACUCUUAACAAGCAUGUGACUUUGAUUUCUUUUUUUUUUGGCACAUUUACGAGUAACGUUUCAGACAACACACAUCUUGUUGCUUGUGCAUAAAGGUGUUAUGAAGGUGUUGAAAUGUUUAAAACAAGAUGUGUGUAGUCUCUGAACAAACUACUCCUUGUUAAAAGUGUAGACGAGAAACUCCAGGUCGUGAAUACUUGAAGUGCAACUUGAGUGUUUUUGUUCCAUUGCAGUGAAAAGUCUUUGAUUUUUGGGUUUCUUCAUGUUUUUUUUGUUUUUUUUGUUCUUAAAUGUCCCAUGCCUUUUUAACGCAGACUCUGGAAUGUUCAGACAGCAGCUCGGCUUGCUGGGAGAUUGAGUUCUUACCUUUGAUUACAUCUUGUGACUUAAAUGUUAUCGAAUGUGAAGUGAUUUCAGCUGAAAUCAUUUUAAUUUUGAUGUUUGCAUAACCAAGGGUGGGGGGUGGAAGGGGUGUGACAUUGCACAGAACUUGCACAUGAUAAAACAAACAGUAGAUUUGUGUUGCAAACAAAAGAAAAUAUAUAACUGUGGAUAUUUAUUUUUUGUAGGUUUCUUUUCUAAGAAGGAAACUUUUACUUAGUUUCCAAAAGGAUUCAUUAAAGCUAUUCUGUUUGCUGUUACGGGAAUUGUUACACAAGUGGACUGGAUCAUGUGUGUGUGUGUGUGUGUGUGUGUGUGUGUGUGUGUAUGAGGGCAGUCUCGGCUGCUCAAAUGUAAGGAACAGGGCAAGAGUGUGUUAAAAAUGUCAUCUCAGUGUUUGUUUUUUUGAUUCUGGUUCUCCAUUCUUUGCAAUCACCUGGUUUACACUUAACUCUGGAAUCGUUGGCUGCAUCCGGGGGGGGGGGGGGGGGUUAUUUACGAGCCUUUAAUUUUCCGGUGUUUUAACCCAAGUAGAACAUUUCCUUUUUCAUUUUUGUUUUUGUUUGAACUUGAGGCAGAGCCACAAGGGAGAGUUUUGGCCUUUGCACUUUUUUCAGUGGCGGCCAUAUUGGCUCCACCCUCCUGAUCAUUGAAUGAAUGUUGCGAUGUGGUGAUGCCUGCUCAUAUUCCAGCUAGCAGCUGUCAGCAGCUGUAAUGCUGUUACGUCCAACCUGGCCUGACUCGGCCUGUGUGGCUCUGCCUCGAGAACACUGUGUGUUAAAGACGGAGGAGAGCGAUGCCUAUACACUUAGAUCUACACAGAGAUUAAAUCAAGAUGAAUACUUAAAGAAUGGGAAAGUACUUUACUAUAUAUAAUAUGCCUUGUUAUAUGGAAAAAAAUAUGUAUAUAUACAGAUUUCUCUUUAGUUUCUUCUUUUUUUGCUGCUAUAAAAAAGAUGAUUAUUUUUGUUAGUAGUUUUGUUUUCUAUAUAAAGACUGUAUAUAUCUCUAUGUUCUGUAAAUAUGCUUGAGCCUUCAUAUGUAGGACUCUGGAUGAACACUGUAUGGAACGCACCUUUAAAAUCUACUCAGAAGUAAA